AUGUAUAUGCCCGUGAUUGUAAGGUUAUCUUACAGUAUGUUUCUGCAAUGUGUAAAUAUUUAAAAAAUGUAUACUGAAUGAUCAAAUUCAUAUCAUUACGUUUUUUCAUCAGAUUAGAACUCUUUUAAACUAGUAAGAAAACUUCUACAAUAACGAAAAAUACCAAAACAUUUACUAUAACCUUAUUUGUACAUUUCAAGGUUACGUUUAUUUUAAACGCGUGUUAUAGACACUAUAUACUAUUCAUUAUCAAAAUGUCUCAACCUUGGAUGUCUGAUCUCAUCGGUGUACUCAGAGGAGUUAAGAUGGUAACCAAUGCCAUCAUAAAACAUCAAGAAGAUGGAAUUAAACAUUCGGUACAGACAUCAUGUUUGAAAACUGUUGCAGAGCAAUGUCUAGCAAAUGGUAUAAAGAAACUGAAUAAUAUAGAACCAAGUAAGGUUCCUGGUCAAGUUGCAGGAGAACUCAAAGAAGUGGCUGAACGCAUGAAUGUUGUGGAAAAAGGUAUAAUAGAAUUUGUUAAAAUAAAAAGUAAUAAAAUCAUAGGAAUGCCACUGAGUCAAUCUGAUUCUACAAAACCUAAUAAAACUAAGUUAUAUGUUCACAAUCCCGCGAAAGAUCCUAAAGAAAUACUGAUUGAGAUGGAUGUCUCAAGUUCGCAACAGAAUAUUAAAUCUAACAGUGUAAAUAGUUCACAAGAGAAACAAGAAAAACCUAUGAUCAAAAAGUAUACAACUGUGAAAGAAAAAAUUGAAACAAUUUCUAAGCUGGAAGAUGAGAUACCCAAGAUUGAACUUUCAGACAAAGAUAAAGAAAUUUUGAGAAGACUGGAAUUAGAACACGAACAAAACAUAAGAAAUAAGAAUGUAAAACAAAAUGAAAAAUCAGAAAUUGAUUCUCAGUUGUUAGUAGGUCAAGUAAAGGAAAGUAUAAAACCAAGUCCAGAGAAACCUCAAGUUAGGCUAUCUGUUAGACCAAAACAAACUCUUUCACCAAACGCAAAAGCACAAAAAGUUCCAUCUACUAGAUUGCAGAGAAUGGUGAGCUUUGGGACAUUAGGAAUUGGCCUUGGUGUUGGUACAGUAGCAGAGUAUACACGUCGGACACUUGGAUUAAAAAAACAAAGCCUUGGAGAGACAUUUGACAAUAUGUUUCUUACAAAAGCAAAUGCAGAAAGAAUAGUUUCAACAUUGUGUAAAGUAAGAGGUGCUGCCUUGAAAAUUGGACAAAUUUUAAGUAUUCAAGAUGAGUCUACUAUUAAUCCUGAAGUACAGAAAAUUUUUGAACGAGUUAGACAGAGUGCUGAUUUCAUGCCAAAAUGGCAAGUUGAGAAAGUAGUAGUCAGUGAACUUGGACAUGAUUGGAGAAAUAAAUUAGCUACAUUUGAAGAUAAACCGUUUGCUGCUGCUUCUAUUGGCCAAGUACACCAUGGUACUUUAAUAAAUGGUCAGGAUGUAGCAAUUAAAAUUCAAUAUCCUGGUGUAGCUAUGGGAAUUCAAAGUGAUGUUGAGAAUUUAGUAGGCAUAUUGAAGGUUUGGGAUAUCUUCCCAAAAGGCAUGUUUAUAGAUAAUUUAGUGGAAGUUGCAAAACGAGAACUUGCUUGGGAAGUUGAUUACGUGCGAGAAGCGGAGUGUACUCGAAAGUAUAAAAAACUUAUGGAACCUUAUUCGGAUUAUUAUGUACCUGCAGUAAUAGAUGAAUUAUCGACAAGCCAAGUUUUUACAUCUGAAUUGGUAGAGGGUAUUCCAGUGGAUAAAUGUAUAAGUAUGGAUAUGGAAACGAGAGAAUAUAUUUGCAAACUGAUAAUGCAGUUGUGUCUGAAAGAAUUAUUUGUUUUCCGAUAUAUGCAAACAGAUCCAAAUUGGUCGAACUUUUUCUACAAUACCAAUACUAAACAGUUGGUAUUAUUAGAUUUUGGUGCAUGCCGAGAAUACGAAAAAUCCUUUAUGGACAACUACAUUAAGAUAAUUUAUGCUGCAAGUGAAGGUGAUCGUGAUACAAUUUUAAAUUUAUCCAAAGAAAUGGGAUUUCUUACAGGAUAUGAAUCUAAAAUUAUGGAAGAAGCUCAUGUGGAUACAGUCAUGGUUUUAGGCCAAGUAUUUGAUAAAAAUCAUAAAUACUAUGAUUUUGGCGGACAAGAUGUGACUAAACGAAUACAAUCACUGGUUCCAACAAUACUGAAUCACAGACUUUGCCCUCCACCUGAAGAGAUAUACAGUCUACACAGGAAAUUAUCUGGAGUUUUUUUAUUAUGCGCUAAGCUUCAAGUUAAAAUAAAUUGUCGUGAUAUGUUUCAAGAAAUAUAUGCAAAUUAUAAAUUUAAUUAAUCUAAUUUAAUUGUAAAUAAAUAGACUUUAAUUAAAUGUAUUCAUAAUUAAACAUAAGUGCCUUGAUAAUCAAUAAAUCACUGUUUGCAGUUUUAUAUUGCAAAGCAAAAGUAACAAAUUUGGUAAAUGAAUAAAUAAUUAUAUCCGUGUAAGCAUUAAAAAUAAUGUGGGGAAAAUGUUCGUGUAUUGAGUAGAACUUUGAAAUAUAUUUUCAUAGUGUAAUAUUAAAUUUAUGUUAAUCAUU